AAAUGUCUCUCUGGGUGUCUGCUGUGCGCACCCCGUGUCCCCUGUCACAUGUCGGAUUUAGUUGGGUGCAGCAUUACUUGGUGGAUCAGCGGAUUGACCGACAGGAAGGUGCUGGUGCUGCAACUUUUUUGGUCCCCCCACCAGAAUAUGUCGUUGACCAACACAAAGACGGGCUUCUCUGUUAAGGACAUUUUGGACCUUCCGGACACGAAUGACGAAGAGGGAUCUAUCACCGGAGCGGAGGAGGACACGGAAGGCUCGGAGAGCACGUCCACGACGAAAAGCACUGGAGUUUUGGUGAAAAGUCCCCUGGAAAAUGUGCAGAACCUGCCUUUAAAGAACCCGUUUUAUGACACUAGUGACAAUCCGUACACGCGAUGGCUCGCCACCACGGACAGUAUUCAAUAUUCAUUGUUCCUCCCGUUUCUCGCCGCCGCAGUGCACGGCCUCUCCGCCGGCUCCCAGGACUCGGCUAAAUCCCCAGAGCCGUCCGCGGACGACGAGUCACCGGACAACGACAAGGAGACGUCCAGCAGCGGAGGCAGCGACUCGGGCAAGAAGCGCAAGAGGCGGGUGUUGUUUUCCAAGGCGCAGACCUACGAGCUGGAACGCCGCUUCCGACAGCAAAGGUACCUGUCGGCCCCGGAGAGGGAGCACCUGGCCAGCUUGAUCCGCCUCACCCCGACUCAAGUCAAGAUCUGGUUCCAAAACCACCGGUAUAAGAUGAAGCGAGCGCGGGCCGAGAAAGGUAUGGAAGUCAGCCACCUCCCUUCUCCCAGGCGAGUGGCCGUGCCCGUCUUAGUGAGGGACGGGAAGCCUUGUCACACCCUUAAAGCUCAGGACUUGGCGGCCACUUUUCAGGCCGGGAUCCCCUUCACAGCGUACGGCGCGCAGUCGCUCCAGCACAUGCAGUAUAACGCUCAGUACGGCGCCACGGCCACGCCACAUUUCCCCACGGCGCACCACUUGGUGCAAACGCAACAGUGGACUUGGUAA